UUUUUUUUUAUAUAUUAUAUAUAUAUAUUAUAGACAUGAGUCGCAUGUUGAGACAAUUAAAUAUGCUUGAGAGACGUUCUCUCUCUACUUUCACUCAAAGAGUAUUGACCGCUCCUCGUGUUCCCACCACCACCGUAGCUGCUAGACGUUUAACCCAAACCCAGAACUUUUUAUCCGUCAAGAAGAUGUCUACUGCUUCCAGCACUAUUUCCAACUUGGAAGCCGCACAGGCUGAUGUGCUUGCUAAAAGCAAUUUGGCUGUACGUGAAGUCGUGUUAAACCGUCCUCAAAAGUUGAACGCCUUGAAUCUCGCCAUGGUACGUGCCAUGACACCCGAACUCCAAGCUUGGGAAAAGUCAGAUUUGGCCAAGGUCAUUUUACUCAAGAGCUCUGGUGGAAAGGGUUUCUGUGCCGGGGGUGAUGUGAAGACUGUAAUUGAUUUAGCAGAGGCUGGAGAUGCCAAUGCCACCAACUUUUUCAAGGAAGAAUAUCAAUUGGAUCAUUACAUUGCUACCAUGGAUACUCCCUUUGUCUCCAUCAUGGACGGUAUCACCAUGGGUGGUGGUGUCGGAUUAUCCGUGCACGCUCCUUUCCGUAUCGCUACGGAAAACACCUUAUUUGCUAUGCCCGAGACCGCUAUUGGUUUCUUGCCUGAGGUGGGUGGAUCUUUCUUCUUGUCACGUUUGGAUGGCCAAAUUGGUACAUACCUUGGUUUGACCGGUAAGCGUUUGAAGGGUACCGAUGUAUUGUAUGCUGGUGUUGCUACCCAUUUCGUACCUUCUUCUCGUCUUCCUGCUUUGGAAUCUCGUCUUUCUGAAUUGGACGGAGCUAACCACGAGAUGAUCAAUAGCGCUAUUGAGGAAUUCUCUGCUGAAUUGGAGAAUGAGCCUAGUUUCAGUUUGACAGGCGAGACACGUCUUGCAAUUGACCGUUGUUUCAAGUAUGACCAUGUUGAGCAAAUUGUGGCAGCAGUUGAAAAGGAAGAAGAGAGUGAGUGGAAGACUGAGACAUUAAAGGCCUUGAACAAGAUGUCACCUACUUCUCUCAAGGUGACAUUACAACAAUUGCGUAACGGAUCCACCUUGAGUUUGGCUCAAUGUUUCAAGAUGGAAUAUCAUUUGGUGCAAAAGUUUUUGGGAGAGCAUGAUUUCAAGGAAGGUGUGACCGCUACUUUGGUCACCAAGACACAACCCAAGUGGCAACCUAGCCAAUUGUCUCAAGUGGAUGAUAAGCAAUUGAAGCAACAUUACUUUGAUUCUCCUUCCCCUCUUCGUUUAGAGUUAUUGUCAAGCCGUGAUUAUAAGAACUAUCCUCAUCGUAAAUUUAUGUUGCCUAGUGAGCAAGAUAUUCAACGUGUGGUUACGGGCGAGGCUGCUGAUGUGGGCAAUUAUGCCUUAAACCGCCAACAAGUGAUUGAUCAUUUGCUUAGAGAACGUCAUGGUAAACAAGGUCUCUCUCAAAAGGUGUCUGAAGUUCUUGACCGCAAGACCAUCAGCAAAAAGGGUGAUGACAGCUUAAAGUGGGUUUAUUAAACUUUUUUUUAUAUAUACGUACAAAAAAUAUAAAUAUGCGUUUUUUUUUUCUUUCUUUCUUUCUUAUUAUAAAUGUUGAUUAAUUUGAUGGAUGAUUCACAAUUUCUUGUACCAUAUCUAAAAUAUCUUUUCCUUCAUAU